UGGGGGGCAUGCUUUGAGCUAGCUGUCACAAAAGGUCUCCGAAAUCAAAAACGAGCGAGCAGCUAAAAUGGGUGACUUACCAGAGGUGAAGCGUACUAUGAAUAACCUCAGCCAGAGAUCUCCGUACAGCCAGAUCGUGAUGGGAGCCGCGGGCGGCUUUCUCACCGGCUACGUGCUCCUGAAGGCCAGCAAGAUGGUGGCCGUGGCCGCGGGCGGGACCAUCCUGGCGAUCGAGCUGGCCUGGCAGGCGGGCCUUGUGAGGCUGGAUGUCCUGAAGAUGGUGGCACAGUCGGAUCCGAACCAGACGCGCGGGCAGCUCCAACUGGCCAGUGGACUGCCAGUGGAGGGCACGAAUCCGCUCCGAGUUCAAGAGCUGGACGACAAGGCCAGGAAUGCGUGGGCCACCAGCGGUCGUUUGUGUGUGGCCUUCUUGGCUGGCUUUCUUCUCGGAUUUGGCUGGGCUUAACUGAUGCAAAUAACCAUCGCUUUACAUAGAAUGUAUUUGAAUUGUAAACGAAAGUUCCCACCUGAAAUGCUCGCCGGCAAAAAAUUUUAUUCAAGUCUUUGGGUGCCGGCGCAGGGAAAGUUUUCAUAACAAAAGCCUCGAAAAUUUUAUAGAAAUACUAUUAACAAAUAGCCGAGCCGAGUUGAGCCCUUCACCGCACACACAUACCCAAACAUGCAUUUAAAGUUGGUGCUCCGUAUAAAAAGCGUCCCAGCAAAAACUUCAAACUUGUAACAACAUUUUCAUGCGCUUUUAAGCAUUUCAAUUUUUACGCCGCGGAGGGAGAAAAUUUAUGCAUAAGCAAAGUUUUUCACAACCAAGGCAACGGCCCCGAAGUGGGUGGCGCCGCGUUUUCAUAUGCAUUGUGUGGACUACAAAAUGUGUGAUUUGCUAAUAAAAAACGUAGAAAAAAAUUUGGAAAAACAAACUGAAAA